GAUGUAGCCUAAAGUAAUACAUUUUUGGAAGAUUUUAUAAUUUUAAAAUGUUUUAUUCAAAUGAGGCUUAUUUGCUUAUUAAAAUUUCAGUUAAUUGUUAUUGAAGAGAAAAAUGAAGAUGGCACAUGGCCAAGGCAAGCUAAAAGGUAUUCACAUCCCAGCUUUUGUGAAUUAAAAAGAGUAAAAUUAGCUGGUUACACUGGUGCAAGUGGGUCAUCAACCUAUGAUUCAAGUAGUCAAGCAACAAGUACAAGUAGCUACACUAGCAAUAGUGUUAAUAACUUUUACAGCAACAAUGGCUAUGAUCGCAGUAACAGCAGUAAACCAGGGCUAUGUGGCCUAGCUAAUUUAGGCAACACAUGUUUUAUGAAUUCUGCUUUACAGUGCAUGAGCAAUGUUGGCCGCCUUACAGACUAUAUGCUGAGUAAUGUGUGGGAGAAGGAGCUUAAUAAAGAAAAUCCCUUAGGCAUGAGGGGUGAAAUAGCCAACACAUAUGCUGAACUUAUCAGGGACAUUUGGUCAGGACACAAAAGCUAUACUAUGCCUAGAAAUUUCAAGAUUGCAGUUAGUAGAUUUGCACCCCAAUGUUCAUGGCAUGAGCAACAAUUUCCUCAGGAAGCAAUGCCUUUUUUAUUAGAUGUACUUCAUGAAGACCUUAACAGAAUCAGGAAAAAACCUUACAUAGAACUUAAAGACUCAGGUGGAAGACCUGACAAGAUUGUUGCAAAAGAAGCAUGGGACAACUAUAAGAAAAGGAAUGAUUCUGUCAUUAUAGAUAUUUUCCAUGCUCUACUUAAAUCAACAGUUCGAUGCCCUGACUGUGAAAAAAUUUCAGUUACUUUUGAUCCAUUCUGUUAUCUGUCAUUACCACUUCCUAUUAAAAAAGAACGACAAAAGAAAGUGAUAUGGGUGCCUCUUCCUCCAGAAAAAAAACCUAUGCAGCUAAAUUUGACUGUGCCUAAAGCAGGCAGCAUCAGAGACCUAUGUUCAGCAUUGUCAGCUCAAGUAGAUGUCCCAUCUGAUAGGAUGGUAGUUACAGACGUGUACAAUCACAGAUUUCAUAAAAUUUUUAACGUGGACGAAGGGUUGAACAAUAUAUUGGACAGAGAUGACAUAUUUGUUUAUGAGAUACCUAGCAGUGAUAUUGAUGACCCUGCUACCAUGAUACUGCCAUUCUACCUGAGAAAUAAAAAAAAUGGUGCACCUGAUCAAAAUUCAGUACCCAGCCAGCUUUUAUUUGGCUAUCCAAUGUUGUUAGCCGUUCCUAGAUAUUCCUGUACAUAUGAAACAAUGCAUCAACUGCUCUUAAGAAGAAUGUCGCGUUUUGUCAAAAUACCUGAAUCACUAGAUGACUGGGUAGAAGAGCCAAUAGAUGAUGAAAUACCAUUUGCCAAUAGAGGAAAGCGUAUCUUUGCUUUACGAGCAACUAAUAAAUUUGGAAAGGACGUGAUAGAUACUUUAUUGGCAGAUGAUGGAAAGCCAUUGAGAAUAACAAAUCAAACAUACAUAGCUGUGGAUUGGAGUAAUGAAGCCAAAGAUAGAUUCUUUGAUGAGAAAGCUGCUGAGGAAUUUGAAGAUCAUGACAGCAUGAAAGCACGUCCUGGUCAAAAGAAGACAGUUAUUCAACUGGAUGACUGCUUAAAAUUGUUUAUGAAGGAAGAACAGCUAAGUGAUAAAGAUCCAUGGUACUGUCCAGAUUGUGAACAACACAAGCAAGCAACCAAAAAAUUUGAUCUUUGGUCACUACCAGAUAUCCUUAUCAUACAUUUGAAAAGAUUUUCUUAUAAUAAAUACUGGAGGGAAAAAAUUGAUGUACUAGUUGAGUUCCCAACACAUGAUUUGGAUCUGCGUAAAUAUAUUAUCAAUGAAGAAUCAAAUGAAUGUGAUGUGUAUGAUCUCAUAGCUGUAACCAAUCAUUAUGGAGGACUAGGAGGUGGCCACUACACAGCCUAUGCCAUGAACAAAGAUGAUGGAAGCUGGUACUAUUUUGAUGACUCAAGCGUUACAGCUUCUUCGGCUGAGUCUGUUGUUACAAAAGCAGCGUAUGUUCUGGUAUAUCAACGGAAAUCACUCAAUCAAAGCAGGAAAUCUCAAAGGGCAAACAAAGUACAAACAUUUACUGAAACCACCAAUUCCACCUCAAUGAAGCACAGUGAUCCUAACAUCCCUAAUGGAGUUGGAGCUGUGAGUGAAGAAGAUGACAUGGAAACAAACUAGUUAACUGGAUUUACGUUUAGUAGUCUAGACAAAUAGAAAUUAUCUAAAGGGUGAAAUUAAUGGGGGUGUGGCUUUUCAGAGUUCUGGCAGAUUUUUCAAUUAUUUAUAAUUAAAAAAAAUUGUUUAAAAAUUAUCUUGUUUUUUUUUUCAGUUACAAAAUUUUACCAAAA